AUGCUUAAAAGGUUUAAAGGAAAAGAUCAUAUUAAAGGAAUAACACAAGUCAAAUCGUCUACACAGAAGGCAUUACGGAUAAAAAUAAUAGAGUUUUACCCUGACUUGGAGCCUUUUAUGUCUGAAAUUUUCCCUAAAAAGUCCCAAUUAACACUCGUUAAAUGUGAAGAACGGAUUUCUUUAUAUACACUUAAUAAUGAUGUUCUUUUUUUUAAAAUUUCUGAAACUAUAUACCCUCAUUUAAGAUUAUUACAUAAAUAUCCUGAUGCAUUUUUGAAAGUUCAAGCAGAUAAAGGUGUUAUUAAGUCUAUCCUUUCUGGUGCUAAUCUUAUGUGCCCUGGAUUAACAUCAAAAGGUGGAUAUUGUCCUGAAAAUAUUGAAGUUGAAAAUAUAGUUUCAAUCAUGGUAGAAGGAAAAGAACAUGCAAUUGCUGUGGGCGUAGCAAAAAUGUCUUCUAAUGAUAUAAAAUUGAUCAACAAGGGAAUAGGUAUUGAAAACAUACAUUAUAUUGGAGACAAUUUGUGGAAUUUAGUAUUAGAUUAA